AGGUUAAUUCAUACUUUUGCGUUUACCACUUAAUGUUGUUUCCUCCGCUGCGGUUAGUUUAUAGCUGAACGUUCAUCAUGAAGGACCAUUGGAGCACGAGUAACGAUAAGCUCGUAGGCGCGGAGGAAGGAUCAAUUUGCAGUGGGGAAAUUCCAUCGGAUUCGAAGUCGACGAGAAAGAGUAGCGUCUGCAAGCGGCUGAUAGAAUGCGUGAAGCUGAUACUGUACUUAGAACUGUUACUGUUCGUCGGAUGGGCCUGUUACUCAACAUGGCAGACUUAUCGCAUCGAAUCGAUGGAAGUCAAGGUCGUGGACAGCAUUCGCGAACCGGAAUCGGGAAGUUUACUCGGGCAACAUUCGAUAUACGAUAAAACUAGCACCACUGCGACAUCUUGGAAGUCCGACGACGACGUUACGACGCAGACAAAAAAUGUGUUGCAAGCAGAAACAGGGCGGCCAGAAAAGAUUACCGAGGUUGACGAAACCACCAUCGUCGCUGUCGCUAUGACAAAAGACAGCGAAAUGAACGAAGAACAUACGGAAAGUACUACUAACAAUGCGGCAACAGAUCCUGUAACUACGAUUGUUAAUUCGGACUCGACUAUAGAAGUUGUUGAACAAACGGAAACUGCAACCGAUCCGACGGAGAGUACAAAGAUACUUGAAGAGUUGGAACGCAAAGAAGAGUUUCUGGAAAAUUAUCUUCUGCUCUCGUUAAUGCUGCAAAAUGCCCAGAUGAUGACGCACGGAUCUGAUAAUGAUUCGCAAGAUGAAAAAUCCACCGUAGAUGAAAAAUCCAUCGUAGAUGAAAAAUCCAUCGUAGAUGAAACAUCCACCGUAGAUGAAACAUCCACCGUAGAUGAAACAUCCACCGCAGAUGAAAAAUCUACCGUAGACGAAAAAUCCACCGUAGAUGAAAAAUCCACCGUAGAUGAAAAAUCCACCGUAGACGAAAAAUCCACCGUAGAUGAAAAAUCUACCGUAGAUGAAAAUUCCGAUGAACGAUUACCUUCUGCUGAAGAAGGUGUUCAUCCCGUUGACGAUGAUAUAGUCGUUUGUGAUGAUGUGUUGGUUUUUCCCGAUGAUUCGAAAACGAAUACGAAUAAUGAUCGUCCCGAUCUUCAUCGCAAUGAAAACUUUGAUUGGGUACCUGAAUUAACAGAAAUUAAAGAAGCUGACGAAUCGGAAUUGAUCGACAGAUUGUUCAAUUCCUAUAAACGGUCAUUCCUAUAUCCUUCAUUCCGGAUGGGGAUGGAUUAUUACGACCAAUCCAUGGGUGACACAAUUGAUUCGUAUGAGCAGAAAGAAAUUUUAAAUGAGCGAGAAUCAUUUGAGAGAACUAUGCUAGGUUUAACUGCUCCUUUUGACUUUAGAACCCGUUCAUUACUUAAUAAAAAGAAGAACGAAAAUGACAGAGUACAAAUACCGUCUUUUCCUACAGAUGGAGAUUAUUCAGAUAUGGAGGCAUUCUUGAUAAAACAUGAGGACACUUUGGCAGAGUUUCUGAAAUCGAACUCAUCCUGAUUUUGAUCAGAUCAAUUAUUCGCUGAUAAUGAUGAAUAUUAUUGAAUAGAUUCAAAGAAGACUUCGGCUCUAACUGACAAAUAUUAAAAGCAAUUUCUUGCUUUAAAGUUCGACGGCCACAGGUUGCCCGUCGGAAGACUUCAA